AUGUUUCCAUCCGUUCUUCACAAUAUUGGUUGUUUCGCGCACAUAAAGUUUAGUAAUAUUGGCAUUUUGAAAGAACCGCCCGUUUGUUUAUCAAAUACAUCUAUGGUGUUUGGUGAUGUUCCUCCUCUACCUACAUGUACGGAAUCAUAUGCCUUCCAGGUGGCUGGUCAUUCUCGAGAAAAUGCAAGUAGUUUCGAAAUACUUCGAGAUAAAUCUAAACCAAUCAUUUACAAGUCAUUACAAGAUCGUGAAAGAGGUAUGCGUGAAGUGAUGUUUUACCAGAAUGUGUUUUCUGCGGAUGCUUCGGAAGCACUCAAACGUCUUCGUCAAUUUAUUCCAACUUAUUAUGGAGUUUUUCAAUGCUCAGGAACUAAAGCUUACUAUAUGGCUUUAACUGAUCUGGUGGCCGAUUUCAAACAACCAAAUAUAUGUGAUUUCAAAAUGGGUACGGUCACUUAUUUUCCAGGUUCUUCACCAGAUAAAAUCUCCCGUGAACAGGUUAAAUAUAUGUGGCGUCGUAAACUAGGGUUUGUUUUAUCUGGUAUGCAGAUAUCUGAUACAAAAAAUCAUUGUUUAAUUAAGUUUCCUAAAGCAUUUGGACGUACUUUAUCUCCAGAACAAGUUUAUUCAAUUGGUAUAAAAUCAUUUCUAGGUGCAGAUCCUACCUAUUGUGUUAAACUUGCUCAAAAUUAUAUCAUACAACUUGGUCGUAUUUUAAAUUGGUAUGUCGAAUAUGGUGCGAAAGAGCUCACAUUCUGUCGUUCUUCAAUUUUAUUGAUUCACGAGUCAUUACCAAGUAGUAAUAAUAAUAAUGAACAUUGUCCUUCCAAAUCAUGUUUUGCAUCAUCAUCAACACCCAGCACCACCGUCAUUAACAAUAACAACAACAACACAUAUCAUACUUCAUGUACUACAAGAAAUCCAACUGUGAAAACUUCAACAAUAUUGAAUAAUCAAUUCGUCAAUAACUUCAAUAAUAUUCCUUCUAUUCAUAAAAUCAAUACUAAUAACGGUAAUAACAAUGAUACUCCUAAUACUACUACUACUACUACUAGUAGUAGUAGUACUUCGACCGUACAUGCUCAAGUUUAUUUAAUUGAUUUUGCACAUUGGUCUAAGAAAAAUUACUCUACUCAAUGUAAUAAUAAUAAUAAUAUUGAAUAUAAUAAAAAUUAUUGGACAUGUGAAUUAACUAAUGGUUUUCGUUAUGGAUUAGAAAAUUUAAUUCAAUUAAUGCAUUGUGUUGUCAAUAAAGAAAGUGCAAUUUGUAUAAAUUAAUUAAUAAAUAAUUAUUUAUUAACUUUCAUUAUGUAUCAAUAUACAUACCUACUUACUUACUUACUUACUUAGCAUCUCUAUGCUAAUGUGGUAUGACAACUUGAACUGAUGUACGUACGUAUGUACGAAGUUCUACGUUGUUACUAACUGACUUAAUUACGCCUGUUACUCCCUAUGGAGCAUAGGAUCAAUCAUAUAUAUAUAUACUAAUAGUUUAUUAAUUAGUCUUAGUUGAUACUUUUUUUAUUGAAAUCAAUAACAUACUACUGAUAUAUGUACACAAUAAUCUCUCACUAAUGAAGAGUUGAACACUGUCGUUCAUUAACAUAUCUACAGCCGCACACACACACAAACAAACACUUUCCAAAAUCCACUAUUGUUAUAUACUUUUUUUUCUGCUACGAUUAAUCAUAUUAUUAUCAUUAUUAUUACUCAUAUAUUACAUUGUAUGUAUAUUACAAAGAGAAAAUGGUUUCUGCAUUUGGAAUAUUUCGAUUUAUCCUUCACUUUCUGUGUCUUUCCCCUUUCUCUCUAAUGUAUCCCAAAAUGACUACAAUAUUGAUAUCCAGUAUGUAUUUAUUUGUUUACUACUAUCCGUUUCAUAUUAAUCAAUGUUGGUCAUUUCUUUUUUUGUCAUGUUUGCUUAUUCAUAAUUAAUCAACAACAACAAUAAAAAAGUUAUUUAUUUUAUGCUUUA